AGGGAGCAUCGCAAGUAGCUAUCGCCCACUGAUUGCACUCGCUGCAUUUCCUCCCGUCUUCCUGUCCCGUCGCCCCCCCUUCGCCAGCUACCCCAACUGCCACGGAGUGAGCAUGAGUUGAAUCGUCGCAAUAUCCAUCCAUGGCUCCGCCCCGCCGAUGAGUCAGUCUCGCAGGCCGAUUUAGUCCGCUCCCGUCAACCACGGAGCAGAUCGCUGCUGCCUUCCCGACUCCACUGCAGAUCUCACGCUUUGCGCUCGCGCGAGCUUCCAUCAGACUUGGUCACACUGGUCGUUUGUUCAGCGCGUACGCUGCUGUCCAACUCUAUAGGCCACCUACUUCAAGUCUUCAGAAGAUCAAAUGGCUGAGGCGGUACUCAUUGUUGUGACGAAGAUUGGUGACAUUUUACUAGAAGAAGCCACCAAAGGCAUCAUAGCUAAGCUUUCUGAAAAAGUUACUAAUCUGAAGGAACUGCCGGUAAAGGUUGAGGAAAUAAAGAAGCAACUGACCAUGAUGGCCACUGUUAUAAGGCAGAUAGGCACGGUAUACCUCACAGACGACGUUGUCAAGAGUUGGAUUGGGGAUGUCCGCAGGGUGGCCUAUCAUGUUGAAGAUGUAAUGGAUAAAUACUCAUACAACCUUCUUCAACUUCAGGAAGAAGGGUUCCUGAAGAGAUUCUUCAUCAAAGGAACACAUUAUGUCAGAGUUUUCAGUGAAAUUACGGAUGAGAUAGUUGAAGUAGAGAAGGAGAUUCAACUAGUUAUAAAGAUGAAAGAGCAGUGGUUGCAGCCCUCCCAGCUUGUAGCUAACCCACUUACUGAGAUAGAAAGGCAGCGGUCUCAAGACAGCUUCCCAGAAUUUGUCAAAGAUGGAGAUCUAGUAGGAAUUGAAAACAACAGGAUAUGGCUGACCAGCUUGUUGUACUCCGAAGAGCCAGAGCCAGAGAAUACCGUCAUAACAGUAUCUGGCAUGGGUGGGUUGGGGAAAUCUACCCUUGUUUCAAAUGUUUAUGAACGUGAAAAGAUCAACUUCCCUGCACAUGCAUGGAUCGUUGUGUCACAAGUUUACACUGUUGAUGCCCUGUUGAGGAAGCUACUAUGGAAGAUUGGAUAUACCGAACAACCAUUGUCAGCAGGUAUUGACAAAAUGGAUGUGCAUGACUUGAAGAAGGAAAUACAGCAGAGACUUCAAAACAGAAAGUAUUUGAUUGUACUGGAUGAUGUCUGGGAGCAAGAUGUGUACUUUCAGAUACAUGAUGCUCUCCAGGAUCUCCCGGGAAGUCGGAUCAUCAUUACGACACGGAAGGACCAUGUCGCCGGAAUUUCUUCUCCCAACCGUCAUCUUGAGCUCGAGCCAUUGAGCAAGUCUGAUGCAUUUGACCUCUUCUGUAGAAGAGCUUUUUACAACCGGAAGGGCCACAUGUGUCCCAAGGAUCUUGAGAUGAUUGCUACUUCUAUAGUUGAUAGGUGUCAUGGUCUACCUCUAGCAAUUGUUACCAUUGGUGGCAUGUUGUCUUCAAGACAACGAUUAGACAUUUGGAAUCAAAAAUACAAUCAGCUUCGAAGCGAGUUGUCAAACAAUGAUCAUGUCCGAGCAAUUUUAAACCUGAGCUACCAUGACCUUCCAGACGACCUCAAAAACUGUUUUUUAUACUGCAGUCUAUUCCCUGAAGACUAUCACAUGUCACGUGAAAGCCUUGUGCGGCUGUGGGUUGCCGAAGGCUUUGUGGUAAGAAAAGAAAAGAACACACCAGAGAUGGUAGCUGAGGGAAAUCUCAUGGAAUUGAUCCACCGCAAUAUGCUUGAGGUUGUAGAGAAUGAUGAGCUUGGUAGAGUUAGCACCUGUAAGAUGCAUGAUAUUGUGCGUGAACUAGCUAUGUCUGUUGCUAAAGAAGAGAGAUUUGCUUCAGCAGAUGAUUACGCCACAAUGAUAUUGGUGCAGCAGGAUAAGGAUGUUCGUCGUCUGUCAUUAUGUGGAUGGAAAGACGGCACUGCAGUGAAAGUUAAACUUCCACAUCUUCGAACAGUACUGUCACUUGGACCAACUUCACCCUGCCGUGGCAUGUUAUCUUCUAUUUUGUCAGAAUCCAACUACCUUGCUGUUCUUGAGCUGCAAGACUCUGAAAUCACUGAAGUGCCAACAUCAAUAGGGUCUAUGUUCAAUCUACGUUACAUCGGGUUACGGCGCACCAAGGUCAGAUCACUUCCAGACUCCAUCGAAAAUUUGUCUAACCUCCACACUCUGGACAUCAAGCAAACCCAAAUAGAGAAGCUACCACGAGGGGUUGUCAAGAUCAAGAAGCUGCGGCACCUUUUGGCGGACAGAUAUGCUGAUGAGAAGCAGGCAGAGUUCCGGUACUUUAUUGGAGUGCAAGCACCUAAAGAGCUAUCCAACUUGGAAGAACUGCAAACUCUUGAGACUGUGGAGUCCAACCCUGACUUGGCAGAGCAGCUGAAGAAACUGAUGCAACUAAGAAGUGUGUGGAUUGAUAACAUUAGUGCUGACGACUGUGCAAAUCUGUUUGCUACCCUGUCAACUAUGCCACUCCUUUCGAGCUUGCUUCUUUCUGCAAGGGAUGCAAAGGAGGCGCUUUGCUUUGAGGCUCUCAAACCAAAUUCUACAUAUCUACACAGGUUGAUUACCAGAGGACAAUGGGCCAAGGGAACACUAAAUUGCCCGAUCUUUCUCAAACAUGGGAUAAACCUCAAGUAUCUAGCUAUAAGCUGGUGUCACCUUGGGGAAGAUCCACUGGGGAUGAUGGCACCACACAUGCCGAACCUCACAUAUCUUAGACUAAACAACAUGCACAGUGCAAAAACUUUGGUUUUGUCUAAAGACUCCUUUCCCAACCUGAAGAUGCUUGUCUUAAAGCACAUGCAUGAUGUCAGUGAGCUAAAAAUCGUUGAUGGCGCUCUUCCCUGCAUUGAUGGUUUGUACAUUGUGUCGCUGUUGAAGCUCAAUAAAGUCCCCCAAGGCAUUGAAUCCCUUCGCUCCCUUAAGAAGCUCUGGCUGCUGAGCUUGCACAAGGACUUCAGAACUCAAUGGGACAAUGAAGGGAUGCAUCUGAAGAUGGUACAUGUUCCAGAGGUUCGUGUGUAGAUGCGGCUCACCGGUUCUUUCUGCAGUGCCAUUCUUGGAUGGUGCAUCCAAUCCAACUGCAUCGUGCUUUUAAUCAUUCCAAUAAAUUUGCGAUUAUCGACAUCACCAGCAGCAUUUGGUCGGUACUUCUAUAUUGUAACACAUUUAUAUUCCUCAAGGAUUGGUUCGUGUGCAUUGCCUUCCAGAGGCCUCUGUACCGUAUGUGUUUUUUUUGUUGACCAUGGACUGUACUGUUUCUGUUGUUUAAGCUACACACUCUUAGUAGUAAUUUCCUGUAAAGGUAUGUAUUGUUUGUAUCGAACAUCUUGUGUGAUUAAUCAUGUCAAACAUUUCAUUUUGUAACAUUGGUAUCUUUUGAUCUA